AUGCCAGUAUCAAUCCAUCACGGUCAAUGUAGACCGUUUGUCGCAAUGAUGUACGCUAAACCAUUGGUAAGGUACACUGGCUCGCUUACAAGAAGUCCCAAGCUUUGGCAUGGCUUUGCUAGGCCUCGAUUCAACUCCUCUGCUUCCCUCGACAGCUUUGCAUCACCUUCCAGAGUUAUCAACGCUCAGAACAAUUUGAACAUCAACAUUACCCAACGGGCAGCCAAAAGGCUUGCAGAAAUAGCCAAAGAAUCCAAUGAAGCACUCCGCAUUUGUGUGGAAAGUGGUGGUUGCCAUGGGUUCCAGUACAAUCUAAAACUUAUCAAAAAAGAUGAGAUCAAGCUGAAAGAGUCUUCUUCUUUACAAGAACAACCUGCAAAGGCCAGUGAAGCAGACGAGUUUGACCAAGAUUUCGAAGAAAAUGACGAUGAUGCAGAUUUUGAAUCUAAUCAGGAUACGGUUUUCGAGCUUUCUAGCAAUGGAGGCCAAGUUGUACUUGACGAGAAAUCACUCAAAAUCCUCAAUAACACAACACUUACAUAUACCACUGAGCUCAUUGGAUCGACUUUCAAAAUCAUGGGUGGUAAUAUGAAGAACAGCUGUGGAUGCGGGAGCAGCUUUGACGUAGAACUUUAA